AUGGUUGAGGUGAGACAGUAUCAGCUUAUGCCAACGAAUUUCAUUCCAAAUUCGCCAAGACCCUUACUACACUACAAGGAUGUCCUAGCCACCCGCCACUCUCAGUGCGAUCCAGCCGAGGUCUGGGAUAUGUUUACCAAGAAUGAAUGGGAUGUUCAAUGGAUCUUCCGAUACGGCCCAACCCAGCUAUCACACUACCACUCCAGAGCACAUGAAUGCAUGGCUGUCCUUUCGGGCACUGCCCGAAUCCGAUUCGGCGUCGCUGAUACCUCUGACGAUCUGAUGGAGAAUACACAUGGGUCAUCGUGGGAGGAUGGAGGCGUGGAGUUGGAAGCCGAAGCGGGUGACGUUUUCAUCAUCCCCGCUGGCGUGGCGCACAAAACGUACAAUACCAAACCGGAUGCUGAAUUCCAGCUCUUGACGCCUGGCUCAGGACAUGGCAUCGAGGCCGACGACCCGAAAAAAGCACUGGCUGAGGUCCAGUUGUCUGGAUAUACCAUGAUGGGGGCUUAUAGUGGGGGCAAGUGGGAUUUUGUAAAAGCUGGAGGGAAUUACGAGAGAGUGUGGUCUGUUCCUAAGCCGCGAUAUGAUCCUGUCUUUGGGGAUUCGGAGCGUGGUCUCUGUAAGACAUGGCGUGGGAGUGGCAAUAUCCAGUCUGUUCUCUGA